CGUCGAAUUAUAUGUCUCAGCCAGAAAGACGCAUUUUAACACUUAAUUCUUGGUGACAAUUAAAUAUCGUUAAAAAAACAGCCUCCACACAGUGGAAGUCACAACUUCGAGCUCCUCACGCUUUCCAUUCAGUUUCUCAUUUCAGAGGCGGCCGGCCGGGUGGCGACAGCGAGCUCGUAGCGUUAAAACACAAAGCGGAGAAGAAGAGCGAGUCUGCUGCAGGUGUUUAUUGGAAGUAGCCAUGCACGGAAUAUUGCGGAAAAAACAUCGAUCAGACUUCUAUUACUAGAAUACCGACAAGGAAGACAGCCCUCAAAGGCGGAAUUUGUUGUUUGGCUUCAGGGUCGCCUGUGUUUGCUCCAAGCAAAGCCGCCUCUGUCGCUAUGGGAACGACAAUGAGCGAGCCGUGCAUCUACGACAAGCUGUCGGAGAGUAUCGAUAUCCUACGCCAAUCGGGCUACCGCUACGGCAUGUCCGAGCGGGAGAUCGAGCGCUUCAUCAAGCGAAUGCUGGAGACCAACGAACCUCGACGCGAGCCCCCGCAGUUCCCCCUCCUCAGGGCCACCGUCAAGUUGCUUGUUGCAUUGGGCUUUCUGCUUCUGGCAGCGCUGGCGUUCACUUACCCCCAGAGUGAGCCGGACUCGGGCACCGCCCGCCCAGGAUCUUGCAACUGGUCAUCGCCGCUCAGCCACGUGCGACUGCUUGCGCUGCCCAUCGCCAAGAAGUACAAUCUGCAAGGCUUCCAUGAGUGGUGGAGUUCAGGCUCGCUUAGACAGAAUCUGGUCAACUGCUCGGGUUGCGCCGAGAUCUCCUCAGUUGUAGAGGUACCGGAGAGCCUCCGCGGUACUGUCACGCUCCGUCGUGGACCCCAGCUUGUCCUGUUAAAGGGUGGCGAGUCGCUCAGCAUCGAGCGGCGACAGCUGGAGGAGCUCUACCUGGCGCACUCGGCUUCCAUGUCCGUCUUGCUCGAAGAUGACUACGAUGACAGCGGCGACCACAACCCCAACACGGGCCUCCCGCAAGGGCCCGCCAAUUUCAGCCUGCUAUGGGGUGGGUUUGGCGGUUGUGUUAGCAGGAGGUUCAGCUCAGCGACCAGGGAGAAAGUGUUCAGGUGGCUCUUUCCCAAGGCAGAACUCUGCCCCCUGCUGGACAGUGCCGGCACUGUCUUACAACGCUGCCUGGUCACACACAACACCGACACCCACAAGCAGGCUGUGGGGGUGUUGGGCUGGCUGGUGGUGGGCGAAGGGCUUCCGACGGUGCGAGUUGUUCCCAUUCCGCGAUGCCAGAAACACUGCAGUUCCUUCAACCUGUGGCUCAACCCCGGAGACAUGGUGUACGCCGACCCUCGCUACUGGCAGAUGGCGCUCUUUCCGGGACAAGGACAGAACAUCGUGUGCGACGGCUCUGCGUUUUAGCACUUGGGAUGGCGCCGCCCGUCUUCCUGCUGUGGUCCCAUCUCGAGGAGAUGGGUCAAAGAACCGCAAACGUGGCGAGACAGAGCACGACACGACAAGCGUUGCGUGCCAAAAAAAAAAAAAAGUGACGCUAAGCUGAACAAUCAAGUGUUGUGAAAAGGUCCUGGAAGGACUCACCUUCAUCUUUUGUGUCACCUCCCAGGACCUGCUUCCAAUUUUUUUUAAUUUUGCACAAAAUAUGAAAAGCUGCUUCUCUUGUUUCUUAUUUAUUGCCACCAUUGGAUGUAUGCGACACACACAGACAGUAUGCCGUUUCAUACCUGCUGAAAUGUUGCUGUACUCUGCAACAACUCGGGACCAAAAACA